UCCAGGUGAGGAGGAAAUCUUACGACAUGGAAAUACACAUUGCUUUUCAACGGAAUCACACGACGGCAGGAUGCAACGUGCGUAAAUUGAAAUGUGUCCGAGCAGAGACUCUGACAGCUGAGAAGGGCUCAAAUCUAUCGGUCUAUCUAGGGGUCUAAUCGAUCAUACACAAACGUUACAAUUUACAUCAGGUCAAUUACUUUCGCAAAAAACCGGUUUUAAUACGAACAACUUUUCCAAGAAAUUGUGUCAAAGUUCCUUGACUCAAAAGAUGUUAAUUUUUGCUACCUAUGCUACCUGAAAGAUGGCAGAAAGUGAUUGCAAACAAUGGAAAACAUAUCUCCGAAUAUUAUGCCAGUGUGAUUUUGAAGAUGUUUUACGUCAAAAAUACCAUGUCAGAAACUAUCAAUCUCAUCCAAUACGGUUUUAAAGAAAAACUGUUGUUGAAAAAGUGAAUAGUUUUAAUACAAAUAAGUUUCAUUUUGUAUUUAACAAAUGUUAUUAUUAAUUUGUUGUUAAAUAUUAAGUUCAGUAGUUGUCUUUCUCAGAUGCAAAGAUUUGGGCUGAAGUUUUUGCACAUUUUUUCUUCUUUGACGCGCUGUACAAGGCAUAAAAAUAAAGGAAAGAAGUAUAUUAAAACUGUGCUUCCCAGCUGUAUUCGUGCGGACCGCAUGAGCAGAAAGGACUUGCCCGAGGUGAUUCAGAUGUUUAUGGCGACUGCUCCUCCGUUUCGACCCAGGCUGAAAUUGAAGAGGGACGAACCACCGCUGAAAUUCCGUUUCACCGAAAUCCACAUGGAAUACAAGCAGACGGGGUGCAUUUAUAAGACGAUCCGGCUCUACGGCCCGGAAAACGUCGAGAUAAUGCAAGAGUACGUAUUUUCGUUCCCCGUUCCGUUUUUCUACUCGAUCCAUCCAUUUGGAUUGGCUGAGAUCGUGACUGAGGUCAUAGCCAGUUUGAAAAAGCUCUGUGCCGUGAACGAGGGCUUUCUGUCGAGACUGGAGAAAACGAAAGACGAUUUGGUUUCCCUCCUACGGCCGGAGCCGAAGAAACAAAAUAAUUUGAUUAAUAUUUGGAGUCUGUACAACCUUCACGUUUACGAUCCACUGAGGUGUUUCCAACUCCUGAAAAACAAACCACAUUUGGACUUGUAUCUGGAAUAAAAUCAUGUCAUUUAUUUAUUCGUUUAAACAUGUGUUAUAAAGUGAGAA